UGAGGGAGAAUUAAAACUCAGUUGAAUCACUUCAUUGGCGCAGUCAAUGCUGACAGAAGCGAGCAGUCAUGGUCCGUUGGUCACAAUCUGAACGGAGUGUCAUUGCAGAUCUCUGGAGCAAAAUCAAUGUCGAAGAGAUCGGGCCUCAGUCCCUGGCAAGAGUGCUGAUUGUCUACCCAUGGACUCAGCGCUAUUUCGGCAAAUUUGGAAAUUUGAACAGUGUAGCUGCCAUCCUGGGAAACCCUUUGGUCAGCGCCCAUGGCAUAGUAGUGCUGAACUCUUUGGACCUGGCAGUGAAGAACUUGGACAGCAUCAAGACGACCUACUCGAAUCUGAGCGAGCUCCACUGUGAGAUUCUCAAUGUAGACCCCGAUAAUUUCAGGCUUUUUGCCGAUUGCCUCACCAUCGUGGUCGCCACCAAAUUUGGAGCCGACUUCAGUCCUGAAAUUCAAGCAACAUGGCAGAAGUUUCUGGCUGUCGUCGUCGCCGCUCUGAGCAGCCGCUACUUCUAAACUUUCCAUCAAGUCUGCUCUGCUUUUAUGUGUUGACAUAACCGCAUUAAACAAAACAAGUUUAAUAAGUCAAUUUAAUAAGAAUAACUAAUAAAAUGUCGGUGUUAUUUUUC